GCGCCGCCAACCACCGCCUUUAACUCAUCCAUAUAAAUUCUGAAGAGCUCCGCUGUGCUCUGCUUCUCCAUAGCCGUUUUAACAAAAGCAAAUUGUCUCCCGGGAAUGGAGCUUUCCACUGACGAUGCUCGACUGAGCUCCGGCAAGAUGGAAUAUGGAUGCAAGCAUUAUAGGAGAAGGUGCAUGCUUCGAACACCCUGCUGCAGCCAAAUCUUUCACUGCCGCCACUGUCACAAUGAGUCCACGGUAUCAGCCGCUAAGUUCUCUCCUUGCUGCUCCCUGUUUUAAUAUGUAUAUAUGUAUUUGGCAUUUUGAUCUUUGCACACAGAAGGACCGUCAUGAAAUGUGCCGGUUUGAAGUUAAAACCGUCAUCUGUGCGAUUUGUGGCACCGAGCAAAGUGUUGCACAGGUCUGUUCCAACUGUGGGAUCAACAUGGGAGAGUAUUUCUGUGAGAUUUGCAAGUUUCAUGAUGAUGAUAUUGAGAAAGGGCAGUUUCAUUGCAAGGACUGUGGAAUCUGCAGAGUUGGUGGUCGAGCGAACUUCUUCCAUUGCAAGAAAUGUGGAUCCUGCUACUCUAAUAGUUUGCUCAAUAAGCAUUCGUGUGUGGAGAACUCAAUGCGACACCACUGUUCGAUCUGUUACGAGUAUCUCUUUGACUCACUGAAAGAAACAACUGUUCUCCAGUGUGGGCACACUAUGCAUUCAGACUGUCUCAAUGAAAUGUUGAAGCAUGAAAAAUAUUGUUGCCCGAUAUGCUCCAAGUCAAUAAUGGACAUGUCAAGUAUCUGGAAGAAGUUGGAUGAGGAGAUAGAAGCGACAGAUAUGCUGGGGAAUUACAGAUCAAGAAAGGUGUGGAUCCUCUGCAAUGACUGCAAUCGCACUACCGAAGUCGCCUACCACAUCAUCGGCCAAAAAUGCUCUCAUUGCCACUCCUAUAACACUCGCAAGAUUUCGGCCCCUGUAAUUCCUCAAUGACUGGAUCCCGCGCGUUUAGUUUGAUUGCCUGAUUGAAUGAUCUGUUGAUGUAUGCACCUACAAUUAUGGAUGUCUUGGUUUUGAACUACACCUAAAAAGCAAAGUCACAAACAAAGUAAGGCAUUUGUAGAUUUGAAGUAUGCUUCUAAAUGGCAUGCAGAUCACUCUCUCUUAUUCUUAUAAUGAUUUGUUGUCGAAAAAUAGUUCUUUGUUAUCAUGUAUCCCUGUUUUAUACAUUGAAGAAAUGUUAAUGUGGUCGUUUAUCGUUUGGAGUAAUUCAAUCUUGUUGAUUG